UUAACCUAAAAUUCUUUAAACCGAUCCGGCAAAAUAACCGUAUAAUGGGUUUCCAUUUAUUUUUUUCAAAAUAUAUGAAAACUCAACUUGUGUCAUUUGAAAACUAUUGUAUUUACUAAGGUAGCAUAUAUUAAAUUAGUAACACUGAUUAAGACAUAUGAAUGCAAGUACCCGAUUUAUUUAAAUUUCACUCCUCACUGGGUAACUUCGGCAUAAUUAUUUCUAUAUUUUGAUUACUUUGUACUCUAAAAAUAAAAUGGAUGAAAUAGAAUAUAAGCUGGGAACAAAUAAUCCAAUAUUGAUAUCACAUGCAAUAUCAAAGCUAUUGUGCACGAUUAAGGAAAAACAUGAAGCGGACCCUACAGCUGAUAUUUCAAAGGCCCCAGAAUUGAAAUUACUGUGGUCAAAAUGUAGCAGCACCAAUAUAACCCUCGGAAUGACAGCCUGCCAGGCAAUAAUUGCUCUUGUAGAAAUUGGAGUAAUUGACAUAAAUAACGCUCUAUAUAUUUUUAUAUCGCAUCUCGGUACAUUAGAAAAACAUACAGCCAUUGCAGCAGCAUUAAGCAACUUACUUAUAUUGAACUCUAAAUCUCAAUCUGAAGGGGAGCAAAAAUGGAGAUUUGGAAUUAAAGGUCCUCAACAUCCACUAAUUAGUAUUUUAAAUAAUAAUAAAAGCAGUUGGAGAAACGUAUUAAGUUAUAUGCAGUUUAUGAUUCAGCAUAAAGAAGAUGAAAUUGCUCAACGGAGUCUAGAGCUUUUAAAGCCUGUGUUCUUGUACAUUCUUUGUAAUCCUACACCUGCUUUACCAGAAAUUGUUAAGCAUCAAGCCUGGCAUAUUUUAAUUAAAUCAAAAAAUACUCAGACUUUGCAAUGUGAAAUUUUACAAUGGUUACGAACAAAUGAUAUUAAUAAUUGUGCAGAAACUAGUAACAGGCUGUUAGAAUUAGCACAAGUGAAGAUAAUAAGUAAAGACAAACAGUUCUGCAACGUGCUCAUGCCAUUGAUCAUAUCUAUUACUGGAGAUCUUGUAAAAGAAGGAUUUAAUCCAAAGCCAUCUCUUGACAUGAUGUUGGAACUUGCAGAAUAUAGUGAUAACGAUGCAUGUAAUAUUACAGUUUCUUUAUUAGCUGAAAUGAUAAUCACGUGUCCUCCCAUAUAUUUAUGCAGCGUUAUUGAAUCAUGUGCAGUUCUUUUACAAAAAUUAUCGUGCAGUAGAACGGUUGCUUUUACGCUGGUUGCUUGUAUACUAAAGUGGAUGGCUUAUCCAUCUGUACUGUUAAUGCAUACUUUAGAUAUCGCUAAAAAUUUGGUGCAGAACAUUGUAAACAAAAAAGCAUGGGGUUCUAGCACAAUUAGACUUUAUUCUAAUGAAGUCUUUAUUAAAGUAUAUCACACAGACAAGAAACUUCAGUUUUACAGUGAAAUUUGUCGAUGUGUUGAUACACUAUCUGAAAAAAAUACACUUGAAUGGUUAACUGAUGUUGCAGCAGCACCUCAAGAUGUAAAGAAUAUGUGUAUAUUAAUAUUAAGUGGAUUAUUUCUACAAAGUGAGAAUCCAACAAUAAUCGAAAAGAUUAUUGAUAUUCUCAUCAAUAUUUCUAAAGAAAAGAAGGACUUUGCUUCCCACUUGCUCUCUCUCGUUCUGUACAAACUUACAAAAACACGUAACAUUGAUGAAACUAAAACGUUAAUGUUUAUCCUGCCGGAUCUGGCUCUGGUUAAAGAAAAUGUGCCGAUAAUAAUUCACGCUUUGGAAUCAUUGAUAGCUACUGACAAACCGCUGAAGCAACUUGCUAUAGAACUGUAUCUUAAAGCACUAGAAAACGAGCCAAGGUGUCGGCGGUACCUUUUGGCUGUCCUAAUUGAUACGAGUAAAAAAAAUCACGGAUGGCAGUCAGAUAUAGCGUGCGCCCGAGCAAUGUGUCAUAUUUGUGAAACCAAACCUGAAAACGGUGCUGAACUCGUCCCGCUACUGUCGGAAAUACUGAACCGAUGUAGUAAUGUUAACGGCAGUGCAGCUAGUGCACUCGCCUUAAAGGGAAUCUCGGCCCUUUGUGUGGCCGGCGUGAUUGAUAUUUCCUCCACUUACAGAGUGCUCUCACCUAAACUAAACAAAGAAUCGAGAAAAAUUGUUCUCAAAAGCGUAUGUGAAUUUUUUGGCGAUAUACCAUUAAAUCCUCAGUCAAUACAGACUUAUGAGAAACUUGUAACAGAAAUCGUAACAAAAUUAUGGGGCUAUGUAUCUUCAUCAGGAGAUUCAGAAAUAAUGGAAUCUGCACUUAAAGCAUUAUCCGCAUAUCAGUUGGAGCAUAUUCCUCUGAAAUCAUUGGCUGUUGAAUUCAGAGAAAAUCUAGUCAUGCCAAAAGAAUAUGCAAAGACACCAAUGGAAGCUGCACGAAAUCCUGCAGAUGUUCUGCCAUACAUUCCAAGAGAGUGCUGGAUGCAAAUGCUUACGAAAAUCAACAGAACGGUACUUGAAUGUGCAGGAGACCUUUUGAUUGCUUUUAUAACGAGAGAAAUAAAAGAUCUUCCUUCGAGCAUAUAUUCUCAAAACGAGCCGUUUAAUUUCGAAUAUCUUUCCGAGAAGAGUGUCAUACGAGCAAUAGGUGAAAAUCUAAGGUGUUAUAAAGUGAACUUGAAUUCAGAUAACAGAUCCGUGGUAGAAUGUUUAAGAAUAUUUGCACACAAGUAUGUUAAACCUCUGCCCCCUGUGAACUGGACCUUUUUAAAAAAAAUUAUGGAACUCUCCAUCGAGGCGAAGAAGUACAGCGUUAUAAUAGCUUGUCAGCAAUCGAAGACAUGCACGUCAGCUAGAGCAAUUGUUGAAGAAUACCUGAAAAUGUUCGAAUCAGAUACUGUAACAAUGAUCAGACAGAAGGAGUACUUGUCUAUUUAUUCAAAUAUGGAUUAUUUAUGUAAAGCAAUACCACCCAAUGUUCUAAGACCAUUUUUGGAUACAACUUUAAAUUACAUCGUAGAGAAAGCACUGCCUAACACUGACGACUUAAUUGAUGAAUUCAGAGAAAUGAUGAUCUGUUAUAGAAAAACUUUACAGAACAAAACAAUACAUGAUGCAAAUAGGACUUUGCUUUCAAUUAUUUUAGAAGGUAUUCUGGAGAGACUUGACGUUGAUAGUAAAGUCUUUGCUCUUUGCAUGGAUGCAGCAUUGGAAUUGUCAUCGACGCACAUAGAAAGAAUGACAUCUCCAAGUGUUUGGUGGGAAGUGACUGCACAAAAACUAAAGAAAGCAAUAAUCAUUAGAUCUGAGUUAGCCUUGAAAAAAGACGUUGAAACACCAUUAGUAUGGCUUAAUGAAGUGAUCGAUGCUGUUACCUCUGUACCUGGGGUUCAUUUAUAUCUGUUACAAAAUAUACAUAGAGUUCAAUCAGAAAUGCGUUCAGAAAAAACUAGUAUGACAUGGAUUUUGGAACUGAUGGGUCGAAUACGAGCUGCUUUCACCGAUUGCUCUCAAGACGACUUUUGCAGAACAAUUUCAUACUUAUGCGAUAUUUUGAUAAUUUCAAUAAUAGUUCUCUCUGGAGUGGACUGCCUUCUUACAAGGGAAGAAUCAUUGACAACGUCACAGGAUACAAGAAUGAGAAUAUUUCCAUUAGCUGUGGCAACCCUUACUCAGAAAACACCAUGGAACGAUAUUAUUCCCCAAAUCAUGGAAUGGUUGAAUUACAUGAGAGUGAGUUCUGUACAGUCACAAUAUAAAACUGCAUUUGACAAUGCAUUAAUAUCAUGUAAACAUAAAAACUAUUUUAUAGAAUCAUGGACAAAAUAUUUAUCCCCGAAUGUAAAAAAAUCGACAUAGCAAUAUAAUAAAUAAAUGCAAGA